AUGGGACUAAGGGUUUGGAGGAGGCGAAGUAGUAGAAGAAAAGGUCUUGGGUUUCAAACAGCCAGUUUUGUGGCGGAGGAACAUGGCCGGGCUGCAGGCUGUGAAGGGCCAGUUUUAGGAAAGGCCGCAAGAGUUGGCUCAGAUUGUGCAGGAACAGAAGCGCCAUAUGUGGGUGGUAGCAACAUAUUGGACCUGGAUUCUAGGCUAGCACAUGGCGCAGAAGAGUGGGUUUCGGAGGGUGUCAUGAUUGGGCUUCGGCUCAUUUGGAAGGCCGAAUUAUUGGCAAUGUCAGAAUGA